GUGAAAAAAAUAUUCCAACUUUAGUGGAAACUGCAAAAGGAAAAAAAAAAAGAAAACGACAGAAGUGAAACUACAAUAAGGAAAAUACGACAAAAAAAAAGGUGGAAGCUAAAGAAAAAGAAAAAUGCAAUAUGUAAAAUUAAGGAGAAAUUACUAUAACUGAAAGAAGACGAGAAGUUUAAACGUAAAGUUUCAGCCAGAAUGUGAAUGUCCAGGUCCUCACUCACUUUGGAUGGUGGGGGGAGGCGGUUUAAUUUGACGAGCUGAAUAAAAACACGCUCGUCAAUAUUAUCCCAAAAAUAAACACAUGGAUGAGCAGGAGUCCGGUGACGCGUGGUCGGCAUGGUUUCUGGAUGCGAUUCGAAAGAUUCGUAGCCAGAAACAGCGACCAAGUGUCGAGCGGAUAUGUCACGCUAUUCGGCAACAUCAUAAUUUCCACGAGGAGGAAAUCGCUGAACAUUUAGAAGUGGCCGUUAAACGUGGUGACGUACUAAAGAUAUUCAAUAAGGGUCAGUCGUCAUAUAAGGACCCAGGUGGUCUGCAGGCACGUCCACUUAAGGUUCAAGGCAGUACUGAUCUAUCGAAAGUUAUUGGUAAAGCUGUACGUGAAUUGGGCGAGCGUGAUGGUUCAACGCUCAAGAGUAUUGAGAAAUAUUUAAGGCAAAGUCACACGGUUGAGGAGGAGGUUGAAGGUGAUUUGCGUACGGCACUGAGAUUAUCGGCGAAGAGAUCCGUUGAUCGGGGUAUUGUCAAUCAGGAUGGAAGGCUCUUUAGGCAACCGGAUCGACCGGCUUGCACGACGAAGAAAACGGCUGAAUCUGCGCCUGUUGAUGGAGCAUUGAAGGCUUCGCAGUUACCAGCGCCGUUGCCAAUAUGUAAGGAGUGUCUUGCGGCAACGACAGCGGGAAACAAUAAUAAUGGAAAGCGAGGAGGCGCUAAUUCAACAUCGUCGGAGAAGCUCAGCCGUUGUACAAUGUGCGGCGCGGCAUUACACAAUUCCUGUGCACCGGCGGAACUCGCAUUGCUCGUCGAUAGAGGAGCAUUGUGGUCAUGUGACGAUUGUUCGCCCCGUUGCGCCGGCUGCCAAACGGAUCGUGAAUCACAAAAUUAUCUUGUGAAAUGCGCUGCGUGCAUUAAAUGUUAUCAUCCGUCGUGUCUCGAUCCUGUUCUUGAUAAAAAAUGUAAAGCACCGUGGCGAUGUCGACAUUGUCAAACGACGCAUACGCCAAAGGAGGAGCAGCAGGGGAAAAAGCUCAAGGAUAAUAAUAAGGAUAAUAAUGUUCAUUCACAAUUGGAUUCAAUAACAACAACGCCGACGAGCGCAAGGAAAAAACUCACUAAAAUACGAGAAAAUCGAAAAUCCAAUGCAUCGAGAAAGAGUUUGACGGCAUCAUCGACCCCAUCAGGAAAGAAGAGCAGUCCAACGGUGGCUCAGGUGGACAGCUGCUCGGACGGUAAUGCGGGUGUUGUCUCCCCUCGUCAACCAAUUUCUAAUUCCUCUCCCUUACCCCAAAUCCCAAGCCCCACAGCAGCCGGCAGUCAGGGUCGACUAUUGGAAGAGAAAAAUGAUAAAAUCUCCAAGGAGAAGCAAAAGUUUUUCAGGUUAAGUGCAUUUAAUACCGAUCAUAAUAAAUUGAAGCGCACCGCCGCAGCAGCUAUUACUGAAAAAAGAAAAUCGCUACAAUCAGUGAGAAAGAAAGUGCUACCUAGAAUUCCAUUAUCGAGCAGUAGUAGUAGCAGUAGCAGUAGUAGCAGCAGCAGCAGUGAAAAUUCAACUUCCGGUAGUGAAAACAGCAGUGAAGACGAGAAGGAAGAUGAUGAUGACGAUGGAGGAGAAGAGGAAGAAGAAGGAGAAGAAGAAGAAAAAGAAGAGAAAGAAAAUGAUAAUAUUGAUGAGGAUGAAGAUGAAUCUAGUGAAUCUAUCGAAACCUCUUCAUCGGAAGACGAAUCGCCGAGGCAGAAGCAAAAAUCAAAAGUUCCGUUCAGUUGCGAUUUGAACGAGGACAAACCCUGGGGAUUCGCCGCAGCCGCCGCGAAACUAACCGUAGAAUCGCCGUUUUUCAGUAAUAUUACCAGUACCUUCGGCGCAACGCUUCCGAAACUCGAUCUUAACGAUAAACCAACUUUUGGUCUUCAUAUUCAACCGGCAGCGAGUCCCACGGAUUCGAAGAAGAGGAAAAAGUCCGAGACAAUCGAGACGAAAGUGAAACCAGGUUCGGGACAAUUGAAGGGUUUGUUCGAUGGUCUCAGUCACUUUUUCGCGGCGCCUGGAAGUAGUCGCGCCAAACCCGGUGCUCCGCCUCCGAACUAUGCUCCCGAUCGGAGAAAAAGAACUCACGAGAACGAAAUUCGGGAACCUGGGAAGAAUAAUGCCUUAAAGGAGGGAAAGAAGUCGCUGAGUCCCCUCUUGUCAUCGAGUCCCCUCUCGUCGCCGAGGACAAGGGAGAGAAAUCUGAGGGAAAAGGAGAAUGGUGAGGAAGUUGAAGACCUCUUUCUGGGGAAGGAAACUAAGGACGGGGAAGAAGCCAGGAAGGAGAGUAGAAAAGAAGGGAAAGAGACUAGGAAAGAAGGUCUUGAGAGCAGGAAAGAUGGGAAAGAGACUAGGAAGGAAGGUCUUAAGGAGAGUAGGAAAGAGAGUCUUAAGGAAAGUAGAAAAGAAAGUCCUAAGGAAAGUAGAAAAGAGAGUCUUAAGGAAAGUAGAAAAGAGAGUCUUAAGGAAAGUAGAAAAGAGAGUCUUAAGGAAACUAGAAAAGAAAGUCCUAAAGAAACUAGAAAAGAGGGUCUAAAGGAGGCUAGGAAAGAGGGUCUUAAGGAAACAAGGAAAGAGAGUCUCAAGGAAGCCGAAAAGAACCUUCAGGAAGUCGAAGAAGCCGAAGCCGAGACUCCGAAGGAAACGAAGAAGGAGACUAAGAAAGAAGUCCCCAAAGAGUCCAAGAAGGAGAGUCCGAAGGAAGUCAGAAAGGAAACACUCAAGGAAGCCAAGGAAACUAAGGAAACUAAGAAGGAAGCCAAGGAAACCAAGAAGGAAGCAAAAGGGGCCAAAGAAGCCAAGGAAACCAAGAAGGAAGCGAAAGAGGCCAAAGAAGCCAAAAAGGAUCCGAAAGAGUUAAAAGACGCCAAGGAAGCCAAGAAGGAAGCGAAGGAGGCCAAAGAAGCCAAAAAGGAUCCGAAAGAGUUAAAAGACGCCAAGGAAGCCAAAAAGGAAGCGAAAGAGUUAAAAGACGCCAAGGAAGCAAAGAAGGAAGCAAAAGAGUUAAAAGACGCCAAGGAAGCAAAAAAAGAAGCGAAAGAGGCCAAGGAAGCAAAGAAGGAAGCGAAAGGGUCCAAAGAAGCCAAGGAAGCCAGGGAAACCAAGAAGGAAGCAAAAGAGGCCAAAGAAGCCAAAAAAGACGCGAAAGACCCCAAGGAACCAAAAGAACCCUCCACUAAAGAAAAAUCACUAAAAGAUCUCCUAAAGGAAAGGGAAAAGUCCCUAAAAGAUCUCCUAAAAGAAAAAGAAAGAGAAAAAGCAAAAAAAGAAAAAGAAGAAAAAGAAGAAGAACAAGAACAACAACAAGAAGAAGAACAACGACAAAAUCGAAAGUUCAACUCCCCAGCUAGAGACAAACCAAUCCGGGACGUCAGGGAAAAACCCAUAAAGGACAAACCCCCAAAGAACACAAUCAACACAAUCAACUCUCCCAAUUCCUCAAGAAACAAAAAACCCGAGGAACCUAAUAAAGAACUCCGAAUUCCAAAACCCGGCAUAUUCACACCUUCCGACGAGAGUCUCUCGUUCAUCACCGAAAAACCACCACCGAAAAUGACACCGUCGAGCCUGGUGAAAAGUGCCGUGAACAGCAAACGUCACGAGCACGAAAGAAGAAAGUUGAAAGGCGCCGAUGGACUGUCGGUUAUAAAGUGCGCCAGUGAUGAGCAGACGCGACGAAAAACGGGUUCGCAAAAUUCACUAGAUUCUUGUUUUUCUUCAUCGUCAUCAUCAUCAUCAUCAAUUGGAGCGAUGGGAGCAAUGGGAACAAUGGGAACAGGAGCAAUGGGAGCGAUGGGAACAACAACAGCAGGAGCGACGACAGUGACAGCGAUACCAGCGACUUUAAAGUCAAUCCCUCAAUUAUCCAAAUCCAGUCCAAAAUCCAAUCCACGUACUACUAGCGCCACCACCACCACUACCACCAACACCACCACGACACCCCGCGCGACACCCUGCUCCACCAGGAAGGAUGAAUUAGUAUUGCCGCAAACAUUACCGUCGGGCGUCACGCAGAAGGAUGUAGAUUUGUUCAAGGAGGCACGCGACCGUGCCAAUCAAUUGACGACCGUCCCGGAGGAUGUGGAAGUGACGACAAAUUCGGUGAGUCCCGGCGGCACUGGGCCCGGCCUCGGCAGCCGCAAUCCGGCAGCAAUCGUCUUCGGACGCUACGAAGUGGAAACGUGGUAUUCGAGUCCAUUUCCCCAGGAGUACGCGCGACUACCAAAGCUCUUCUUCUGUGAAUUCUGCCUCAAGUACACGAAGAGUCGAGCCGUCCUCGAUAGGCACACGGACAAGUGCCAAUGGAGGCAUCCGCCCGCCACGGAAAUUUACCGUUGCAAUGGUUUAUCAGUAUUCGAGAUCGAUGGAAAUGUGAAUAAGAUUUAUUGCCAAAAUCUCUGUCUCCUGGCGAAACUAUUUUUGGACCACAAGACCCUCUACUACGACGUGGAGCCAUUUUUAUUUUACGCAGUGACAAAGAAUGAUAAACACGGCUGUCAUUUGGUCGGCUAUUUUAGUAAAGAAAAACACUGUCCCGCUCAGAGGUACAAUGUUUCCUGCAUAAUGACACUACCCCAAUAUCAACGUCAGGGUUUCGGUAGGUUUCUCAUUGAAUUCAGUUAUUUGUUGUCGAAAGUCGAGGGUAUUCCCGGCACACCCGAGAAACCACUCUCCGACCUCGGCCGCGUUUCCUAUCAUUCAUUCUGGAAGAGUGUCGUUCUCGAGUAUUUAGACGCGCAUCGCGAAUGCAAGGACAUUAAAUUAAAUGACAUUACAAGUGAAACGGGCGUUUCCGGUCACGACAUUGCCACGGCUCUGCAAUUACUCGGUUUUCUAAAAUCUGUUUGUGAGAAUGGUGGCGUGGAGAAUCGAUCGGUGAAAAUUGUCAUCGACUGGAAGAAGGUUGAUGUUCACAUGGCGAAAGUGAGGAAGACUUUGAGGAUUAAGUUGGAGCCGGAGUGUUUGAGGUGGAUUCCGCUGUUGACGCAGAUUCCAAAUCCGUAUAAUAGUUUGGAGGAGGGAGACACGGGUUCGGAGGCGUCGCCGCUUUUGGAGAUGAAACCGACGCCGACGAUUGUGGAGAAGAUUCAGAGGGUGAAGAUCAGGAAGAAGCCGAGAGGGAGGAAGAAUCUGCAGAGGAGGUCUUUGAAGGCGAAAACACCGCAGAAGAAUACUCCGAAAUCGAAGGAGAGGGAGAAGGAGACGCCAACGUCGACGCCGAAGGAGCGAGAGACGCCGAAGGAGAUUGAAGCGAAGAAGGAAGUGGCGAAAGUAGAAGAAGUUCCUCUCGAGGCGCCGAAGAGCACGACUAGAGGUUCUAGAGGUUUGGCGAAGAACACGACUCCAAAGUUGAGUACUUCGGGUACUCCAAACACUCCUACUCCUAGUACUCCAAUCACUCCGAUAACUCCUACUUCUCCGCCUCUUUUCUCAGCUUCGGGUCGAAGAAUGCGGAGGGCGAAGGCGGAGAAUAUUACCGCGACGCCUACCAGUUCCGUCACUCCGCUUAGAAAACGAAAACAUUCCGAGAAGAUCGAUCCGGAGGAGGAGGAGCUGAUCAGCAGGAAGCGAACCCGAGAGUCUGUGAAAGAAAAGGAGAAAGAGAAGGAAAAAGAAAAGGAAAGAGAGAAGGAAAAAGAGAAAGAAAAACGUGAAGAGAAAGAACGGGAGGAGAAGAGAGCGAAGGAGGAGAAAAUCAAGGAGAAGGAGAGAGAGCGGAAGGAGAAGUUGAAAGAAAAGGAGAAACUAAAGGCUAAGAGUCUGAAGGAGAAGGAGGAACGGGCCAAGGAACGGGAGGAGAAACUAAAGGAAAAAUUGAGACUAGAAGAAGAAAGGCAGCGGGAACGAGAAGAAAGGGAAGCUCGAGAAGAAAGAGAAGCCAGAGAAGAGAGAGAAGCUAGAGAAGAAAGAGAAGCCAGAGAAGAAAGAGAGGCCAGAGAAGAAAGAGAAGAUCGAGAGUCAAGAAGCGAUAGUGAAGAAAGAGACGGUAGUGAAGAAAGAGACGACAGUGAAGAAAGAGUCGAUAGUGAAGAAAGAGUAGAAAAAGAAGAAAGAGAACUAAGAGUAGGAAGAGUAGGAAGAGCAGAAAAAGAAGAAAGAGCUGUAAGAGAAGAAAGAGCAGUAAGGGAAGAAAAGGAAGAAAGAGAGCUUAGAGUCGAGAGAGCAGAGAAAGGGAAGAGAAAAGACAGAGAGGAGAAGGAGGAGCAGAGCAAGAAGAAGGACCUAAAGACCAAAGAGAAGGACACACCGAAAUCUUCUCCUCUAAGUGUCCCCCCUCCUAGAUCGGUGAAGAAACAGAGCAAACUCGACGACAUUCUUCGGAAAGUGACCAGUCGGCAAACGAAGUACCUGCAAGCGAAGCUCGCCAAGGAGAAGAAGGACGAAGUUUUCUGCAAUGGCAAAGAGGAGAAGCCGAAGGAAACCGCGACUCCGAGGCGAGGACGAAAUAAAGUUCCCGAACAACCAAAGGAGCCGGAAGUCCCAACGACGCCAAUCGAGUCACCGCCGAAAGCACCGGAACCAGUGGCGACAAAACCCCUCGAGGAAGCGACUUCCGAACCUGUCGAGAGUGUCCCCUUACCGGUCGAGCAGGAAAUCAGCGCCAGUCCCGGAGAAUAUGAAGGAGGCGACGAGGACGAAGGCGAGGAAGAGGAGGACGAAAUGCCAAAACCGAAGGACGAGGGUUCUGCUAGAAAAGAGGAAGAAGAGCAGCAGGAGCGUGGCGAAGAACCUAUGCAGAUUGAACCUGAGUUUGAGAAAGCCGAACCAAUGGAGGAGGAUUACAGGGAGGAGGCUCUACCGGAAGAAGUGAAACCAAGAGAAGACGAGAGGAUGAUCGAGAGAAAGGAGGAAGAGGUAGUGAAGGAAACCAUCAGUCGAAUUCCCUUGGAGACUGAGAUCCAACCGGAGAAGAUGAUCGAAGAUAGAUCGCAGAACCUGAACUCUCAGAUCGAGGAGAAGGACCAGACGGAGAGUGGGAAGACGACACCCCAGUCGGAGAAUCCCGGCUCUGUGAAGAGGACCCCGCCCUCGCAUACCGAACUCCCUUCGAUGGGGGUCUACACCCCGGAUUCGACGACAAACUCUGUGCAUUCGUUACAUUACGGACAGUGCGACCUGGAUGUUAGUCAACUAGGACUCGAGUCGCCGACGUCGAUAGCUAGUGAUCUAGCUUCGCAGAAUAGUGUCGAACGUCCUCCGAGUGCGCUACCUUCUAUGCAGGUCACUGUCCCGAUGCAGAUGAACCUACCGUCCCAGUAUGUCGAUUGUAUACAGCAACAACAACAGCAGCAACAGCAGAGUCAACAACAAAGUCAACAACAGAGUCAACAGAAUCAACCACAGAGUCAACAACAGCAGACCCAACAUCAACAGAGCCAGCAGCAGAGUCAACAGACGCACGUGAUUCAUCAGAUGCAUCAACCGCUGCAACAACCGCAUACGCCGCAGCCGCUCCAACAGCCGAGGACGCCGCAGUCGCACACUCCGCAGAGUAUUCCGACGCAGAGUCCGCAGCCGAUACAGAGCCACACGCCGCAGCCGAUUCAGAGUCAUACGCCGCAGCCGAUUCAGAGUCACACGCCGCAACCGAUUCAGAGUCACACGCCGCAACCGAUUCAGAGUCACACGCCGCAACCGAUUCAGAGUCAUACGCCGCAGCCGAUACAGAGUCACACGCCGCAGCCGAUGCAGCAUGCGCAGAAUAUUCCGACGCAUAGUCCGCAGCCGCAGAUGACGCAGGCGCAUACGCCGCAGCCGAUGCAGUUGUCGUUGCAGCAGAAUCAGACGAUUGCGAGUCAUGCGCAGACGCAACAGCAGCAACAACAGCAGCAGAGUCAGCAGCAACAGCAGAGCCAGCAUCAGCAGCAGAGUCAACAACCGCAGUCGAAUUCGCAUAGCAGUAAACGUGCGAGUGGAUCGCAGACUACCCAUAGAUCGAGAUCAAACCAACAAAGCAGAUCGCAUCGUGCAACGCCACCAACGCCGCACACGCAGAGCUCGCAGCACACGUCGUCCCACUCCUCCUCAACCCACAACAGUCACCUUCCCCCUCAAUACCAACAAUCCUCCUCAAUGACAGUCCCCUCCGUCCCCCAUCCUCACACCCACAGUCACGCGGCCCACUCUCACAACAUGGCCGUAAUAUCCCAAGGCAAUUACAUGACAGUCGCCUCCCAACCGUUCCCCGCCCAAAACACCUACGUGAUCCAGCAUCGCGGCGGCAGAACCGCAGUGCCAACGCCCUGCACAACAGCGACAAACUUCUACAUCCAAACCAGUUCAAUGCCCCACUCGCACACACCGUCGCCAUCAUUAACUGGUUCCGGCAGUCACCAGACAACCAACUCCUGCAGUCUAGCGAAGCUCCAGCAACUCACCAACGGCCUAGACAUGAUUCCACCGACAGCGCCGCCCGGUAUGAAUCUCUCACCGCCGCCAUCACUGGCACACACAAUGACACCGCCGCAGACAUCACGGCAACUAUCGACACCACCGCAGGUGCCAUUGAGCUACGCGAAAAAUUACUACAACGUGAAUACCGUCUCGCCGGGCGCGCCCGUGCCCACCAGUAGUCGUUCAACGAGUCGAUCAUCGACAAACAGUAACAUGACCUCCCUAACGCAGCCCUACACGAGCGAGAGUCUCUACAGACAGACACUCGAUCCAAGUAGUAGUUGUCCCCAAAUGCAGAGUGCCGCGAGUCGCGUCAGUCCGAAUGUUGCUCUCAAUACAAAUUUAAUGGCCGCCGCACAAUAUGGUUAUCGUGUAGCGCAACCCACCACUGGCUAUAUGAAUCAGGCGGCGCAAUUGGGCGGUUUUAUGAAUCAAGCGAGUCAAUUGCCAGUGGGUGUGGUGAAUGUGCCCGCGCCCUACUCACAAGAUCCACAUCAACAAAAUCCCGCCGCUGUCUACACGACCUAUCACAGUUACAUCAAUGGGAGUCUCAUGCAACCGCUGAACAGUACCAUGAGACCGCGAUAAUCAAUUCUUUUUUUCUUAUCAAAUUCACACAAAGAAACGACAAGUAAGUUUAUUUUUAUCCUUUUUUUUUGAAGAAAAAGACCAGCUACUUUUGUUCGAAUUGCAUUCGAAACGGGUUAGAUUUACCGAAUUCGCAAUGUCAUGAUAACGGAGAAUGCUAUUGUAGAGUUGACUUAACAUAACCUUGAAAUUUGAAUACUUUUCAACGCGUAACGUCUUUUAUCUUCAAAAGUCUUUAUUGUAGACUCAAUCUAAGGUUGAUUCUACACUUACACUGACUUGCCCCAACUUUUCGGAACGAAUUGCAUAAGAUAGACAAAGACAGAGACUAUCGCUGUCUUUGUCUAUCUCAUGGAAUUCGUUCCGGAAAGUCGGGGCCACUCAGUACGUGUAGAAUCAGCAUUAGGUUGAGUUUCUUGAACGAAACGUAAACGUAACGAAACAAUAUACUUAUUGUUUCGUUACGUUACGUUCUAUUCAAAAGUGCUAUUGUGAACUCACCCUUACGUAGGUUAGGUCUUUACGUUUCGUGAGCGAACGUUUCUUAACGUAAAGACGUAAACUACGUGCACUACGUGAAAGAAGAGGAAAAAAGUUAUCGGUAAACCCCCGAAGUGAUACUGCGACAUUGGUUAAAUGGACCUUUUUUUCAAGCAACUACCCAACCGUGCUGCGUAAACUUUUUCCGUUAAGGUUACUUUACAAUAGAAUCCCAAGAGCGUGUUUCGCAAAUGCGUUGCAUUGGUUGCCAUUGGUUUCAAUUUGGGAAACACGCUCUUGGGAUUCUAUUGCAGACGAGCCCUAAGUAGGCCGAAGAAUAAUUGAAACUCUAAAGGUCUUUUUUCAAUAGAAUCCUAGAAAUUUGCGUUCGGUUCGUAGUUAUGGUAACUAAUGACAAAAUCAACGCAGUCGCAACGCUUUUUGUUGGCAUUACUAUUGAAGAAGAGCCUUAAUGGUAAAUUUUUAGACAAGAAAGUAAAGGAUAGAAAUAUUUCUCGUUCUUUCUUCAAUGGAAUCCUAAGAAUUUAGGUUCCGAUGGUUUUAACAAAAUCAACGCAGUCGCCAACGCUUUUUCUUAACAUCCUAUUAAAGAAGGGCCU